AUGUUGAAGUCCAUAUUCAAGACCAACGUGCGAGCCCUAUCACAGGCCAGCGUCAUGCGCAGCGCCUACUCGCUCCCCAAACCUGUUGCGCCCGUUUCCACCGAGGUUCCAGACUUGAAGCUCCUCAAGUUCGACUCAAAUGGACAAAAGGACUUAUAUGCCAUUGCCAAAAUCAACAACAUUCCCUUUUUGGUCACCAAGGGCGACAAGAUCGUCUUGCCCUACAAGAUCAAGAACCACGAUGUGGGCGAGAAAUUGAACUUGAACAACGUAGUGACCAUUGGUUCGAGAAACUUCACCUACAACAAACAGGACGGGAUCCCAGCCUCUGCGUUCCAGUUGACAGCCACUUUGACCGAAAUCACCAAGGAGCCCAAGUACUACGUAUACAAGAAGAAGCCUAGAUGUAGGAGACUCAAAACCGUGGAGGUGGAGCCAUUCCAGACCCACUUGACUAUUGAUGAGUUCAAGCUCCUCUAA